AUGAGCUUGGCAAAAGUCGGGCACCUUCUCUCCACUCCGCAGCUCAGUCCCCUAAGCACCGACCGGGAUGAGGUUGAAAUCGACGUGCUGGCAGAAGGGGAGGAUGGAGACCAGACCGAGGACGACGAGGAGAAGGGGAAGAUGAACCUGGAGCCGGGGCCGGGAGCCCUUCCCCGGAGGAGCUCAGGGGACUGCGGCGGCGGUCUGAGUAACUCCUCCGGGUUCGUCCGCAAGUUCCGAGCGCCGCGGACAGCCGCGACUCCGGCCGCCGACGGCCCGCAGCCCGCUAAGCCCCCGUACUCCUACAUCGCGCUCAUCACUAUGGCCAUCCUGCAGAGCCCGCACAAGCGCCUGACGCUCAGCGGCAUCUGCGCCUUCAUCAGCGGCCGCUUCCCCUAUUACCGCCGCAAGUUCCCCGCCUGGCAGAACAGCAUCCGCCACAACCUGUCGCUCAACGACUGCUUCGUCAAGAUCCCCCGCGAGCCGGGCCACCCGGGCAAGGGCAACUACUGGAGCCUGGACCCCGCCUCCCAGGACAUGUUCGACAAUGGCAGCUUCCUCAGGCGCAGGAAGCGCUUCAAGCGCCACCACCCGCCCCCGGGAGGCCACCCGCAGUGUCCCUUCCCUCCGCCCGCUGUGCCUGCCACCCUGCACGUCUCCCACCCCAGCCUCCUACUCCGCUACUCUGCCCCACCGCAGCUUGGCCUCGGUGUCCACCCCGCCGCCCCUCCCGGGAGCCGCCCGAGCGUGCCGCUGCAUCCGCAUCCCCUCCGCUACCUGCUGCUUGCCGCCCCCGCCUACGCCGAAGCGCCUGGAAAAGCCGAAGAUGCUGACCCAGCCCCGUCCCGCGCCAUCCCUGCGCUGCAACCUGCACUGGAUUUCCAGCCUUGGGACCGGGACGAGGGUUCGAGAUCUUCUCCCGGUCGCGGCUGUACCUCGUUCACCAUCGAGAGUAUCAUGCAGGGGGUCAGAGGAGGAGGAACUGGGGCUGCGCAGAGUCCGCCCUCCGCUCCGUGGAGCUACUGCCACCUGCUGCAGCACCCGUCGUGCCUGCUGCACCCUCAGGUCGUCCCCCCACUGCUGCAAGUGUCCCCCGCCGCCCGGACAGUGUUGCAGCAGCAGCCUCAGCAGGAGCAGCAGCUCUGUGCCCGGAGCGCGGCUCCGGGUAAAGGCGCGCGGCUGGGCCGGCACCUGACGGCCUUUGCGGCGUUGCUGAGGCAUCAGCCUGCCUUUGAGGACUGCAGGCUGACAACUCUGGCUGCUCUUUCGGGCACAGAGGGGACCUUGCCUGCAUUUUAA